CAUCCACCAAAAUGGCUCACUCAACCAUCAUGUUCUUAACCACAUUCUUGCUGUUCUUUUCAAGUUUAGCAUUUGCUAAAACUCACUACCAUGAUUUCGUUGUUCAAGCCACAAAAGUGACACGACUAUGCAAGACCCGUAGUUCGAUUACGGUUAAUGGGCAGCUGCCCGGGCCGACCUUGGAAGUUAACAAUGGUGAUAGUUUAGUGAUAAAGGUCGUCAAUAAAGCUCAAUACAAUGUCACCAUCCAUUGGCAUGGUGUUAGACAGAUUAGGACAGCGUGGGCAGAUGGGCCUGAAUUUAUUACUCAGUGCCCGAUUAGACCGGGUGGAAGUUAUACGUAUAGAUUUAUGAUUUCGGGACAAGAGGGAACGUUAUGGUGGCAUGCACAUAGUUCAUGGCUUAGAGCUACUGUUUAUGGUGCUAUUGUUAUUCGCCCUAAAGAAGGAGAUUCUUAUCCAUUUGCUAAACCAAACCGUGAAUCGGUUAUUGUUCUUGGUGAAUGGUGGAAUGCGAAUCCGAUUGAUGUUAUAAGGCAAGCCACAAGAACCGGAGGAGCUCCGAAUGUUUCUGAUGCGUAUACCAUCAAUGGUCAACCCGGUGAUCUAUAUAGUUGCUCGAAAAAAGAUACUUUUAUAGUGCCAAUGGGAUCCGGAGAAACAAACCUCAUUCGCGUGAUUAAUGCAGCAUUAAAUCAACAACUCUUCUUCACCAUCGCCGGCCACAAACUCACCGUCGUCGGAGCUGAUGCUUCUUACGUAAAACCCUUCACUACUUCCGUCCUCAUGCUUGGACCCGGUCAAACCACCGACGUACUGAUAAAAGGAGACCAACCACCACGUCAAUACUACAUCGCCGCCCGUGCGUACGCUAGUGCACAAGGUGCACCAUUUGACAACACCACCACCACCGCCAUCUUAAAUUACAAAACUACCGCAACCUCCGCCGCUUCAAAUUCAAACCCAAUAAUGCCUAGUCUUCCACCAUUCAACGACACAAAAACCGCCACCGCCUUCACCACCAGUUUCAAAAGCCCGGGAAAAACCUUAGUUCCGACCACAAUCGAUGAGAAUCUGUUCAUCACCGCCGGACUUGGAAUCAAUCAGUGUCCGAAAAAUGCCAAUAGUAAUACAUGUCAAGCUCCAAAUGGGACACGAUUCACAGCGAGUAUGAAUAAUGUUUCGUUUGUGCUUCCGUCUAAUUACUCGCUGUUGCAAGCGCACCACCAUGCGAUUCCCGGAGUUUUCACUACGGAUUUUCCGGCGAAACCUCCGGUGAAGUUUGAUUAUACAGGGAAUGUGAGUAGGUCGCUUUGGCAACCGGUUCGUGGGACGAAGGUGUAUAAGUUGAAAUAUGGAGCGAGGGUUCAGGUGGUGUUACAGGGGACGAGUAUAUUUACAGCUGAGAAUCAUCCGAUUCAUCUCCAUGGAUAUGAUUUUUAUGUUGUUGCAGAAGGGUUUGGGAACUUUGAUCCGAAAUCUGAUACUGCUAAGUUUAAUCUUGUGGAUCCGCCUCUUAGGAAUACAGUAAGUUUACCGGUGAAAGGGUGGGCUGUGAUUAGAUUCGUUGCAGAUAAUCCAGGUACUUGGAUUAUGCAUUGUCAUUUGGAUGUUCAUAUUGGAUGGGGUUUGGCUAUGGUGUUUGUGGUUGAUAAUGGUGUUGGACAACUGGAGACGCUAGAACAACCACCGGAAGAUCUCCCUGUUUGUUGAUAUGAUCAUCUUUAAGCUCAAAAUCAUCAUGUAGCAUUAUAGUUAUGUAAAAUUAUAUGGUUUUCAAUGCUAUUUUGUCCCCAAAUUGCGGAUGUAUAAUUUUUCCUUUAUCCAAUUUGUUUCCCUGUUUCCAAUGUGUUGGUAGAUGAUAUACGGUGUAUUGGUGUAAUGUAGAAUCUGAAACUCAAAGCAAAUGAAAGAAUAG